CAACAGCAACCUAUACACUUGUAAAUAGUCCUUGUAACUGCUAGUUGCUUUCAUUUAACACCCACCGUAUCUUUUUCUCGGCUUUUCUGCUUGAAAAAGUGCUAAUUCUCAUUCUCACUAUCUAACAUUUCAGUGUCUUAAUCCAACUUGUUUCCAGAUUAGAUCCACGGCUGAAGCUCCACAUAGCUUUUGUUCACAACAUUUUACAAUGUCACUGCGACAAGCGCCUUGGAGCCAAACCUGCCAGAAUCUCCUUUUCGGCGUACGAAACUACAAACCGGUCCGAUCUCGGCCCUUGUUCUAUGCCUUGAAUCAUCCAUUCUGUACCAAUAGCCAGUUACUCGAUACUUCGUACAGCAAUCGGUUGAAAAUACGAUCUAAGCAGAUUAUACGAAGACUUCUGGGCCAAGUGAGAAGAAUCCAGCCAAAGAAUGGCACAAUAAAUGUGCGGGAAUCUACUCGCUAUGUCCAUCAUUCAGCAUCAGCAUCAAGCAUUCUAAUCCCGCAAUUGCCAUAUUCACUUCACCUUCCAUUCCAAUUGUCACCAGAACAGAAAAAGAGACAAGGUGACUUGUAUAUUUCACCUGAGGUCAGAGAACUUAUAAAGCAAAACAAUCUAGAACGACUAUGCGAACACUUGAAGGAAGAACACCAAGUCGCAAAUCCUCAUGUCCUCAACUAUAUUCUCCAGGAGACUCUCGAUAAGGGUCCGUCUCCCCCUGCAUUGCUUCUUUCCGAAUGUGAGAUUGAAGUCCCCAUGUACAAAGCAGUGACCCGACUAGACUUGGAGUCACAAUACCACAAAUAUAUCUAUGAUAAAAUACCCUAUUUAUAUGAACUAUUCCAAAAGUAUGCUAACAAGUUUGGCUCCGACAAAACGUUUCAGGAAAGCUACAUCUGGUUGUGCUAUCACAUGAACGACUUGCCUGACUUAGAAAACACUUUGCAGGCAUAUUUGUCGAGCAGUCUGUACAACUCCAAAACUUUAGCCUAUGCCAUGAGUGGCUUCAUUAUGAACUACGAAGUCGAGUUUGUGAGAUCGCUUUUCCAAAAUAUAGUUUCAAUGGGAAAACCUUUGCACAACAUCCUUUUAGAGACAGUAGUAUAUCAGAUGUCUAGAGUAGACGCUUUGUUCGAAAACUUUGCAUUGAUUCUACAGGCAUGGCUCUUUUCAGCUAAGUCUUUGGACCCUCCCUCUGUUAAAGCUCUUUCCUUGUUGUUAGCAGAAUAUCACAAGUUCGGAACAGAAAACGAAAUGAACUACAUCUUGGACUUAAUCGAAGGAUUGGGUGUGGAUGGUCAUUAUGCCAUACAAUUGACCAACUUGCAGUACGAAAUAAUCAACCGAGAACCAUUUCACUUCAAGAAAGUAAUGCUGAAAGACGAUCUUGUUGUAAUACAAGACAUUAGGGAGUCUAUAAGUGACGAAAGAGAGUUAUAUGACUUCUACUAUCAUUGUCUUAGAUUCUGCUCCAACUACUCACACGUAAGUAUGAUUCAGUACUUCAUAAUGCACUUGAAGGAUCUGAAUUUGAACCUAUUACCACAGUACUUUGAAGUUAUCUUGAAUUAUUACAUGAAAAAUAACAAAUUCAUUCAAUUGGUAGCAUUCUUGCAAUCUUCUUCGCAGAUCUUCCCCUUUAAGGAAGUCUACUUGCAAACCAUUUUUAAUGCAUUUAUCCAAUCAUAUCCUUAUCACACGCCUGAAUUUGCUUAUGAAUUCAAAUCGUGGAUUAAACAUCAUCAGCAGCUAUCCAAGAGUUCCAAGUCGAAAUUGCUUGGUAGUCUAAGAGCUGUUAAAAUCCAUUCUCAAUUGACUCCAUACCACAUCGAGAGAAACAUCAUUAUCCUGAAUCCGUUGAAGUAUGAUUCAAGCAGUUGGAAAAGUAUUCAAUGGGGCCAAGAUAAGAGGGGAAAGGCAUUGAGGUUUACAGAUCAAGUGCUGUAUCGAGUUAGUAAAGGAUUUUAUGACGUUCUUCGUAAAGGCGUCAGACCCGACUUUGCCUUGGUUAAGGAAACAUUCAGAAGACUGAACUCCAGUAACCAAAAGAUUCUUGUAGACCUCUUGAAGAGAAGUAGGAUGUAUUUUCAGCAUGAAGGAAUGUUGGAGUUGCUUGCAUUGCAAGUUGCGGAGAACACGAAGAGUUCCUUAUUACGGUUUUACAACGAGAAAAGGGAAAUUCUCACAACAAACGACAAGAUUGCCUUCUCGCGAAUGUUAAUCAACAAGAACUUGUUUGAGGAAGCUGAAGAACUCCUACAAACAAUAGAUAUACUGCAAGUUGAUGACAGGACACAGAUGGUUCUUUUGAACUUGAAGUUAAGGAACUACAUCACCUAUAGUCAGUUUGAUAAAAUGGGUGAAACAAUCGAAAGUUUCCCGGUGGACGAAAUCGUAUUGAGUCCGUAUAUCUACAAGCAAUGCUGCUUCGUAGAGAAGAAGUUGGUCAGCAAGUUAGAAUAUACCCAGAGCAAGAAUAAGGACCAGACAGAUAUAAAAGCUGAAAGCAGCGAAGAUUGCCUGAGUUCUUUGCCAGACGAGAUCUCAGACUUGAUCCAGUCGUACGAAUUGACGUUGGAUAAGUUGAGAGGCUUAAUAGGAGAUAUACAGCUCCGGUUGGAUAAGGACGAACUCGAUAUUGCUGCUACGAUAAAGCAGACAUUGGUAUUCUUGGACGAAUGGAUCACCCAGAGUGAGAAAGGGAUUUAGACUACCUGUAAAUACCUGACAUAUACACAUAUACAUAGCAUAUUAGCAUAUUAGCAUAUUCCUAUUAUACCAUAUUCAAAUUG